CUCGCCGUUUUUCGUGGCUUUUCUGGCCCUCGCAGCUCGCCGUUCAUGCAGUUUGUACCGGGCCCAGAGGUUCGAUGCACUCGCAUGAGUUCUCCGAUGUGGGAUGCGAGGGAGACAAGGGAAGCCUACUCCUCGGCGGUUCGGUUCCAAGCAGCAGCAGGCUCAGGCAUUCUGGUCCUGGGCAGUAUUCGACCCCAGCUGCGAGCAAGAGCAAUCAGGAGACUGAGCCUUGCGAAGCCAAGAACUCCGGCACGUCUCGGUCAAGCAGUUGUUCUCGCGCUCGCCCUCUUCUGCACCAUGCUGUUUGCAGACAUAAACCCGACAGUGGCCGAGCACAUCUCCGAAAAUGUGAAGCAACUGGAGAUGCAGAUCAGUCAGACGGCUGAAGCGACCUCACACGUAUCCGAAAGCACCACUUCGAGCGCAAAGACAUUUUUCGCUCCCCUUCUUGACAGGCUUGCCGAGAUCAAGGUAGAUAGUGACACGGAGGAUGAGUAUUGGGUGUUUGGCUCUCUUCCAUUUAUUGGACCUGUACGUAUUCUCCGCAAGGAGACCUCAACCGUAAAUGUCAUCCUUUGCGGUUUGUUCGCUGGCUUUUUGGUGGAGUUCACCAAUGCGCUCACACUUCAUCCGCUGGAUACUUUGAAGACCAGGCUGCAGAGAGGCUCGUUGAAUCAAGGUUUAGUCGCCCCAGACCCCAAGCUGCUCUACGAGCGGCUCUACGAUGGACUCUUCCCGGUACUUGCGACGGUGCCGGCCUUGUCCAUCUUCUGGGCGGUCAAGGACAUCGUGCGGCGGAGUUUGAUCGGCUUCGUGAAGGGCCAGCUGCCGUCGCCGCUGGCGGACGUGCUGAGCUCCACCUUCGCCUCCGCCUGCGGGGAGGCGGUGUACGUGGCGGUGAAAACCCCCGGGGAGGUCCUCAAGAUCGAGCAGCAGGCAGCAGUGCUGGAUGAGGAUCCGGUGCGGCAGCGCUACUCCGAGGACGACGGCUCCUAUGCAGGACAGAGCUUCCACUGGGACCCUUUUGUGCUCCUUGAGGAGAGCCUGCGCAGCUUCCCCAUCUUCUGCACAGUGGAUGUCCCCCAAGUCGCCCUUCGCACCGCCGUGUUCGUGACCUUGCAUGACGCGCAUCUCUUCGGAACCGGAGCCAGCGCGGACGUGCUGACAUUUAUCUUCGCAUCGGCGUGCUCCUCAAUUCUGUGCACGCCCCUGGAUGUGGCACGCACUCAGCUCAUCCUGCAACGAGAAGGAGUGCAGAACUUCCCCAAGACUCUUUGGGACAUCCGGGAGCGCGACGGCCUGACGGGGCUGAUGGCUGGCUGGCUCCCUCGACUUCUUUGGAACGGCCUCGUGGUGGGCUUCGUCCUGGGAAUUUGCAGGCUUCAGUAUGAAGAUGCACGGGCCCUCUUCCUCAUCGGCGUGCUCGACCGAUUUGAGGAGGCCCCCGUGCACUGAACUCGGCGGAGGCAUUGGGUUUCCUCUUGGCCUGUGACCACGCCGAGCUACAAGGAUCGCUCUGCAAAGCAAAGCUUUGCCUUCGUGAAUGGAUCCUGUAAAUAUUUGUGAAUACAAAUAUGUGGCACAGGUUUCGCAGCGGCGUGCCAAGCUCACGCGCGACUGUCCUGUUUCUUGAAGCCUCCCGCAGGGUUGAGGAUCUUUUUGGUGAAUUCAGACCCAGGGGCCGGCACGAGGAGUCGCUAGAUUGAGCAGACUCCCUUCUGAGGUGACUUCUGAAC